UCCUAUAUAUAUACUCAGGCUUAACACGUAUACUCUUCGUCCUCUUUUCUCCUCGAAAACCUCCUCAAAGGGAACGCGUUAGUAGCAAUGUCGCAGGAACAGCUCAUCCUCCGCGGCACAUUGCGAGCCCACACCGAUUGGGUGACGGCCAUUGCCACCCCAAUCGACAACUCCGACAUGAUCGUCACCUCUUCCCGCGACAAAUCCAUAAUUUUGUGGGCUCUGACCAAAGAGGAAAAGUCCUACGGCGUCGCACGCCGCCGUUUGACUGGCCACGGUCACUUUGUGCAAGACGUUGUCCUGUCUUCCGAUGGCCAGUUCGCUCUAUCCGGGUCCUGGGACGGCGAGCUUCGCCUCUGGGACUUGCAAACCGGAGUCACGGCCCGUCGCUUUGUGGGCCACACCAAAGACGUCAUCUCAGUCGCCUUCUCCGUCGACAACCGGCAGAUCGUGUCGGCGUCACGCGACAAGACAAUCAAACUCUGGAACACUCUUGGAGAGUGUAAAUACACUAUUCAAGAUCAAGACGCGCAUUCCGACUGGGUUUCGUGUGUUCGAUUCUCCCCCAACACUCUGCAACCCACCAUUGUGUCCGGCUCCUGGGAUAAGACUGUGAAGGUCUGGAAUUUGACCAAUUGCAAGCUGCGGUCGACAUUGUCUGGCCACUCUGGGUAUGUGAACACGGUGGCCGUGUCGCCUGAUGGGUCUUUGUGCGCUAGUGGUGGCAAAGAUGGGGUGAUUUUGCUAUGGGAUUUAGCGGAAGGGAAGAGAUUGUACUCUUUGGAUGCGGGGUCAAUUAUUCAUGCUCUCUGCUUUAGCCCUAAUAGAUACUGGCUUUGCGCCGCAACCGAGGCUAGCAUUAAGAUAUGGGAUCUGGAGAGCAAGAGUGUUGUUGUUGAUCUGAAGGUGGACUUGAAGCAGGAGAGCGACCUUGCGAAAGAUGGAACUGACCAAACCGCUGCUGUAAAAACCAAGGUAAUAUAUUGCACCUGUCUCAACUGGAGUGCAGAUGGAAGCACCCUUUUCAGCGGUUAUACAGAUGGUGUUGUACGAGUUUGGGGUAUCGGGCGUUACUAGGAACACAUUUUCUGAUAGUUAUCUUAAGAUUUAAGUUGAAUUGACAGAAGGAUUGUGUAUUCUGUGUUUUAUUUGUUUUGGGGCCUUGGGCAUUUUAGAUUUGAUUAUUCUUGUUAGGUACAAUCUUUUUGCUGCAGACUGUUAAUCCCAGUUCUGCAUAAUUUAGAGGUGUUUGGCAUUUUACAGACGUUAGUUCUUGGCAUUCAUGAAUGAAGUUCGAUAGCCGUAUCUGAAUCUCCACAGAACUUGAGAUAAUUUGUUUCAUCAGCUGGAUCUACACUAGUUUUACAGGGUGAUGUAGGUGCUACUUUGGUCAAAAUAGGUGGAUAAAAAGGAGAAGAGAGUGCAGUAUCCAAGUGACCUGGACCUUUGUAAUGUGUGGAACUUUAUAUUCCGUGUAUCCUAAAUUCUGUACCCAAACAAAAAAUAUUGGACAUAAUGCAAAAUUGCACUUUUCUUCCCA